ACAGAGUCUUGAGUCCCUGAGACUUUUUGUGCAGCACCAACUCAAGGUUGCUGUGUUCCUUUUUUCCCCCUCGCCGGGCCGCCUCACUUUCUGAGAAGAGGGCUAUUUUCGUCCGUUCGGUGCUGGUGUGGUUUAGUAUGGAUGCCAUCAUGCUUCAAGAGAAACUGGUGGAACGGCUGCUGUGUCCGCGAGUGAGAACGGCCAGACAGAAGGAGAAACAGUAUGUGGGUUUUGCCACGCUGCCCAACCAGGUGCACAGGAAGUCUGUGAAGAAGGGCUUCGACUUCACUCUCAUGGUAGCAGGGGAGUCGGGGAUGGGUAAAUCCACUCUGGUCAACAGCUUGUUUCUCACAGACCUCUAUAAAGACAGGAAGUUACUCAACGCUGAGGAGCGCAUUAACCAGACCGUGGAGAUCAUCAAGCACACGGUAGACAUCGAGGAGAAAGGCGUCAAGCUCAAGCUGACCAUCGUAGACACGCCGGGGUUCGGAGACGCUGUCAACAACAACGAGUGCUGGAAGCCCAUCACAGACUACAUAGAUCAGCAGUUUGAACAGUACUUCAGAGACGAGAGUGGACUGAACAGAAAGAACAUCCAAGACAACAGAGUUCACUGCUGCCUCUAUUUCAUACCUCCAUUUGGACAUGGGCUGCGUCCGGUCGAUGUCGAGUUCAUGAAGGCUCUGCAUGAAAAGGUGAACGUGGUUCCACUUAUUGCGAAAGCCGACUGCCUGACGCCCAACGAGAUCAAGAAGCUCAAAGACAGGAUACGAGAGGAGAUAGAGAGGUUUGGCAUCAAGGUGUACCAGUUCCCUGAGUGUGACUCUGAUGAGGAUGAGGAGUUUAAACAGCUUGACAAAGAGCUGAAGGAGUGCACUCCGUUCGCUGUGAUCGGGAGUAACACGGUGGUGGAGGCUCGAGGGCAGAGAGUGAGAGGGAGGCUCUACCCCUGGGGUAUUGUCGAAGUGGAAAACCAGUCGCACUGUGACUUUGUGAAGCUGAGGAACAUGCUGAUUCGCUCACACAUGCACGACCUGAAAGACGUGACCUGCGACGUCCACUAUGAGAACUACAGGGCCCAGUGCAUACAGGAGAUGACCAGUAAACUGGCUCAGGACAACAGAAUGGAAAGUCCCAUCCCCAUCCUGCCGCUGCCCACUCCUGACGUGGAGACGGAGAAACUCAUCAAAAUGAAAGAUGAGGAGCUGAAGAGGAUGCAGGAGAUGCUGAACAAGAUGCAGCAGCAGAUGCAUGAGAAAGACCAGUGAUGACCUCCAGAGCAAGGCCCCGUGAUCUACAGCACCACCUGCUGUCUGAACCCUAAAACUACAAUCAGACUCUCAGACGAUAAACGCAACACGACGUGGAUAUCAAGUGUUAGUGGCAACUCUGGCUGUAAAUUUAUCUUCUGUUCGGUGCUUUGUAUAGUCUGUCUGCCUGGAGGAUUGUGAUGUUAGAGGGUAUUUUUCUGAAGUGUACCUUUUGCCCAUUUUGAGCCCCUUUGCUGUGGUUAACAGUCUUAACAUAUAUAAUAUAAAUGCAUAAUUUAAAUGACUACUCAGUGUAUCUAAUUUAUAAAUGCAAUGCUAAACUUUUUGGAUAUUCUGUCAGGGUAUGAAUAUACGUGCUAUAAAAUGUUUUGUAAAGCAAUUUAGGUUGUUGGUGAUGUUUAGACUUUAACAUAGAUAUUGUUUUUUAUUAAUGUAUCUGUGUGGCGUGUGUGUGUGUGUGUGUGUGUGUGUGUGUGUACGUGUGUGUCCUUGAGGUUGAGUGCGUGUGUGUGUGAGCGUAUGUCUUUCAUGAAACAUCCUCUUUUGAUAUCGCCAGAUAUCCGUCCGUAAAACUCCAUUUGUCUUUGCAAAAGUACUACAAUGACUUUACUUUUAUUGAAUAGCAGAGAAGAGAGAAAAUCACAUAUUUUCUUGUUUAUUUGGACUGUGAUCAUCAUGAAUGGUUACAGAAUGGAGUCUAUUUUGUAACCUUCAUUCAAAACUUUAUCUUUCUGGAGCAUUUGAACAUUUUGAUGAAAUAAUUGAAAAUGCACUUAUCGCCAGUGGCUAACUGUGAAAUGAGAGCCUUUGACAUAAUGAGAGGCUGCAGUAAAUGGUGCAUGUGCAAGCAUGCUGCGCUUAUUCAUAUCCGCAUUAAGCCGUGGGCCUGUUUUCACUGCUUCAUAGCCGAUGCCCUGUGUUUGUAAUGAGAUGCAUUAUGACCUAUGCCACUGAGGGAGGGUUUGAAAUAGACUGCUAAUGAGGAGCAACUCCUGCAGUGAGUCUGUGCUUCUGUUUAAAUGGUAUUUCUCUGUAUGGAAGUGAGUUGCGUGACUGCAUUCUGUAAGUAGGUGAAUUGUACAGCUGUGUGUGAGUGAGCAUGCAUGAGUGUGGAGGUGUGUGUGGAUGAGUGUGUGUAGGCUCUCCUGAGGUUGAGGUACAAUACAUCUUUCGCCCCGAGGCUGUGAUCUCUGUCUGCCUGAACUGUGUCGUCAGUCUGAGGGCUCGACUCGUGCCCCGGAUCUAUCAAGUGUGACAAAAUAAACAGACUUGAUUCACAUCGUUCCAA